AUGAUGCCCGGUGGCUUGAAAGGCGUCGACUCUCACCUCUACGCCAUCCUGCACUCCUUCGGGCUCAAGGUCGAAGUCCUCCCAGUGCUAAUUAACAACGAAGAAGACUAUUACAACAAUCAAGUUAGCUCCAACAGCACCGAUGACGGAAAAGAGCCUUACGAAUAUCACACCCCUAGUCUCAAAGUGCACGCGCGAGGGAAUUCAUUGGAAUUGGACCUGCGAAAAACUUCGGCGACAAAGGAGACACAGCUGUUAUCAACGACAAUUGGCCUCAGCGCGAAUGCGAAUUCGAAACUCGCAAUAAACUACAUGACGUACGGAAAUGAUCCGUCCACGGCGGAGAUGUAUUCCUUUGCCGCGAUUAUCGCGACCAUCCAUGAAUUUGGUAAGCGCCGGGCGGGAAUCGAGAAGGCCGAACGCCACUAUCUGGCUACAAUUUGA